AUGGCUCCCGCAUCCACCUCGCCGCCGGCGGAAACCCGCCCACGGCAGGCGCUGGCCAAGUCCAGUCUCCUGGGCGGCGUGGCGGAUCUGGACGCGGCCGUGUCCCUCCGCCUCCACGCGCUCUUCCUCCCGGUGCCGCGCCUCCUCCUCAAGGCCCUCGAGGUCGCCGGCGACGGCCGCAUCUGGCUCCCCGUCCCCAUCUCCCUGCUCCUGAUCUCCACCACCACCACCUCCUCCACGGUCUCCCCGCUCCUCGUCGGCCUCGUCGCCGGCCUGGUGCUCGACAUCGCCUUCGUCGGCCUCGCCAAGCUCAUCUUCCGCCGUCCGCGCCCGGCGUACAACGCCGCCGACAUGUACGUCGCCGUCGCCGUGGACCACUGGUCCUUCCCCAGCGGCCACUCCUCCCGGGCCUUCCUCGUUGCCGCCUUCCUCGCCGGCAGCGGUCUCCCCAGCGAGGCGCUGUACCUCUGGGCGGCCGCGACCUCGGCAUCAAGGGUGCUUCUCGGCCGACACUAUGUUCUUGAUGUCUUCGCCGGGGCUUGGCUUGGCGUGCUGGAGGCCUGGCUCAGCAACUUGAUCUUGAGCUAUUUGUGCGCCCACGGCAGCUUUCUUGUAUGCUAA